AUGUCUGCUGACUGGGGAGUCUCGGAUAUGAAGGCAGCGCUUCCUGAGCAGGCUGCCGGCUCGUCCAAAUCGGAGGCGCCUAAGCGCCCUGAGAAGCCGGUCGGUGAUUGGGGCCAGCCCUUCAAUUACGACUACACUGAGACCGAUGUCGACCGCCAGUGGGGUGGAAAUGGAGCCGUGUAUGAGUGGCAGGGCGAAGAGGGUGAGGUUGCCCCUGAGAAUCCCGAGCUGGAGAUCCAGCUGUUCGGUGCUCCCGACGAGCGAUUCGGUGCCGGUCUUGACAUCUCUAAGAUCUACUCUAUCAACGUUUCCCAGGAGGGUGAGACGCGAAUUGCCCCUAUCUUCAAAUUUGAAGCUGCCGGUCUUCACCCGGUUAUGUUGAAGAAUGUCCAGAUGUCAGGUUACGUAACACCGACCCCGAUCCAGAAGUAUUGUAUCCCAGCCAUCAACAUGGGAUAUGACUUGAUCGCCAUUGCUCAGACCGGCUCAGGCAAGACCGCAGCCUAUCUCAUCCCUAUCUUGAACCAUCUGAUGGGCAAGGCCAAGAAGCUGGUCCCUCGUCGCCCAACUCCCAAGGAAUUCGACGAGGGAGCCAGCCUCAUUCGAGCUGAGCCACUAGUCCUGAUUGUCUGCCCUACUCGAGAGUUGGCAAUUCAGAUCUUCGAUGAAGCACGCAAGUUCUGCUAUCGCACCAUGUUACGCCCUUGCGUCAUCUAUGGUGGAGGCCCGAUUCGUGACCAGAUUCAACAGAUUGGACGAGGCUGUGAUCUACUUAUCGGCACCCCUGGUCGCCUCAUUGAUAUCAUGGAGCGCGGCCACUUGCUGAGCCUUCGUCGCCUUCGAUACUUGGUGAUCGAUGAAGCCGAUGAGAUGCUUGACACCGACUGGCAGCCGGAAUUCGAGAAGAUAUUCGCUGGUGGAGAGCAAGAGGAGAGCAAUGUGCGAUAUAUGCUUUUCUCCGCUACGUUCCCCGGAGCCGUUCGUCGUCUCGCUCGAGACCAUCUCGCCACCAAUCAUCUUCGCGUCAAGGUCGGCCGCAUUGGAAGCACCCAUGAGAACAUCAAGCAGGACAUUGUCUACGUGGAGCAGCACCUCAAGCGAAAUGCUCUUCUCGACCUUCUCUAUUCCAUUGAGCCCGGUCGCACGAUUAUCUUUGUCAACAACAAGCGCACCGCCGAUGAGAUCGACGACUUCCUUUACCACAAGGGAUUGCCGUGCACCUCUAUGCAUUCAGAUCGCACUCAACGUGAGCGAGAGGACGCAAUGCGAGCCUUCCGCGCCGGAAAGGCACCUCUGCUAGUCGCCACCGGUGUGUCUGCUCGUGGUAUUGAUGUACGUAACGUGAAGCAUGUCAUCAACUAUGAUCUCCCGACUGUCGAUCAUGGAGGUAUUCAGGAAUAUACCCAUCGUAUUGGUCGAACUGGUCGUAUUGGUCAUACCGGAACUGCAACCUCCUUCUACACGGAACGUGACGAGCCACUCGCUGAAGAUCUUACCAAGAUCUUGAUGGAGACCAAGCAGCCUGUCCCCGACUUUCUUCAGUCGUUUAUUCCUGAGGGAGCUGACCCCUCUAACUUCAAGAUCGAGGACGACAACAGCGAGGACGAGGACGAAGGUGGAGACGACGCUUGGAACACUGAGGGCUCCAAGCCCGCCGGAGGCGAUGAUGCCGGAGUCGCCAAUGGAGAUGCCUGGGGUACCGGUGCUCCUGUUGAAGAGGCUUCUGGUGAUGCCGAGGGUGAUGCCGGUGCUGGCUGGGAUACUGGAUCUACUGCCCCUAUCCAGUGGUAA